AUGACAGGGAGAUGCAUUUAUAUCUCACAGCUGCGCAAUGCUUCCUCGCUACAUCCCCGAAGAGCUUUAAUAGCUCCCGCUAGACGGUUCUCAGCAUGUCCGCGGACACAAACCGCGUCCUCUUCCCCGCCCAAGACGGAGGAAAAGGACAACACCAAGAAUUCGAACGAUGACGAAAAAGAGGGCGGUAUGACCCGUCGGCUGGCCCAAAUGACUGAGGAUGCGAUGCUGGAAGGCGGACGGUCGGCGCGGCGCAACAUGGAGCAUGCGGGGUUCUCGGAGGAGUUGAAGAAACAGCUUGAAGAGCGCGUAGCGGCAGCCUCAUUCAAGAGUGAUCAUGCCGCUGCCCACUCGGUUGUUGAUAUGCCGGCUAGCGCUGGCCAGGGUUCUCGAGAUAUUGCAGCAGCCCCCGCCUGGACAGGUACAGAGAGCUUUCGUGACUCGGCCCUGCGCAUGCUCGACGACGCAAGCAAACCCAUCCGAACCCCCUAUAAGAUUCCCCAACCGGUCAACCUCCAACCAGCCCCGAAACCCAAGCGAUCCCCAGGCGAGCGGAUAGCCGAAGCGAAAGAGCGCACCUCGACGUACACAUUGAGCCAGAGCCCCGGCUUCUCUGAAGAAGAGCGAGAAACUAUGCGCCGGGAGAUGAGGGAAAAGUUAACGCCGGGAGCACACUCGAUGCCCAUCUCCAUCCAGGGCCUCUCGUCGCUCGCCAAUGAACGAAUUGAGGACGCAAUUGCUCGCGGCCAAUUUAAGAGGAUCCGUCGGGGCAAAGGAGUCAAUGUCGAGACAGACCAAAACGCUAACAGUGCGUUCAUUGACACUACCGCAUACUUUAUGAACAAGAUGAUCCAGAAGCAGGAGAUUGUGCCGCCAUGGAUCGAGAAACAGCAGGAACUAGCAGCUGAAACCAGUCGGUUCCGGCAACGUCUGCGCGCCGAAUGGAGGCGGCACGCGGCGAGGCUGAUUGCGAGCAAGGGCGGAUCGUUAGAUGCGCAAAUGAAGCUGGCGAAAGCGUUCGCCGCUGCAGAGAGACGCCUGGUGGAGAAGACCAAAUUCGAGGCUUCAAUGCGAGGCGGAAAUUCUGCAGCCCCGGAUGAAGCAACCGCCAGCGAAAUUAAUCAGGACGGUCGAAUUGUUUCCCAAGCCGGGAGGCGAGAUGAACCGGCUGAGGCGGAAAGUGGCCACGAAGAUUCACUGCCACAUCUCCCGCCAUUGCGAGAUCCGAGCCACUUCGCCAUGGAGCGUUCAUUCCAUGAACUUGCCGUGAAACACUUGAACACCCUUACGCGCUCCUACAAUCUCCAGGCCCCGCCGGCGGCGCAUAAACCCUACGUUAACCUCGACCGCGAGCUCAACUCUUGCUUCGCCGAUGUGGCGCCUAGUCUGGCCGAGGAGAUCAGACGGCGAGCGACCGAGCGUGCACGGAGUCCGUCACCAACUGUUCCGCCUCCCUCGGCGAGUGUGCUCGGUUCAUUCGGCACGGGGUCGUCAGUCCGGGUGUCCGAAGAGGACCAAUCCAAGGGAUAUGGCUUCAAGGAAUUUUGGCGGGAUUUAUUUUCCAAAUAG